UUUCAUUGGGUGGAAGUAAUUUGCUUUUUUUUUUUUAAGUAUCUAUAAAUAUCAUCUAUUAUGUUUACAUAUCCAGGAGUUUGAUUUGAUUAUUGAACAAAGUGAAAGUCAUGAUUCUAACUGUUCAAAAGUACAAACGCUGUGUCUAAGUGAAAAGAAGGACACAAAAACCAAGUUUAAAUCCAAGCUGUUUUUUUUUAUGAGGGAAAACACUUUUUGACUUUAACAGUGCAUUGUAUUCCAUUUGCUGUUGAUAUUUUCAGUUGAAAUAGAAUUACAGAGCAGCAUGAAGUGAAUUCGAUCAAUACCCUAUAGUGUGACCUGUUCGAGUCUCUGAACAGUACUUAAAUGAAACUAUUGAAGAAGGAAAAUCACUCUUAUGAUGUACUGCUCAUAAGUUCUAGACCUGCACCAUGUGGCCAGAAGUCUCCGAGUCGUUGCAUCAAGGGUAAUGGAAAAUCUGUGCAACCAGUGUGGAGCACCGAUUUUUAUCUUCUCUCUUUCAAGUUGUUGUUGCGGGUUUAUGUAAACUCGACUCGUUUGUUCACAGUUGUGAGGUGCAGUCGGGGCGCGGUGUUGUUGUACAGCAGACUUGGAGGGGACGCCCUCCUGCCGUGUUACAGCCCGGUCCCCCUAGACUGCUCCUCGAUCACCUGGACCUUCUACCAAGGCGGCCGCGUGCGGUUCACGGAGGAGGUCCGCGAGGGGCGCGUGAGUGCGGUCUCCGACAAGUCCAGCCGCUUGACCCUCGCGUCCAACUGCUCCCUCGCCGUGCGCGACCUCGUGGUCGACGACGCCGGCUCCUACCACUGCAAGACGCACCAGCAAAGCAUCACUGCCGUUUACCUGUCUCUGCUCGCCAUUACUUCGUCCUCCACCGUGACCGAGCUGCAGCCCGGAGGACGCAUCGCCCUCAGCUGCACCGUGUUCACCUACUACGACACCGGGCUGUGCGCGGGGCGGCCCGCCCCGUUCGACCUCACCUGGGCGUCCGAGGACGGCGUCACGCUGCGCAACGGCACCAGGCAAGAGCUCAUCUUCAGCACCCGUUGCAGCCUCACUUUGGUCACAAAGCUCAGGAGGGAAGACAACAACAGGAAGCUGAGGUGUCAGGUGAGCAGCCAAGAGAACGGCACGGCGGCAUUUCUGGACUUCACUUCUGCUUUUUUGUUCCAAACUACUCCCACCGCACAGAAUCCAGUUCAGCUCCCCAUCAGCCGCAUCGUGCUCUGUGUGGCUCUGCCUGUCAUGGUGCUCAUUGUGAGCUUCUUCACAUGGAGAGGGGACCGUAAGAGGGCCAAAGCAUUUGCAGCUGGUAUGGAGCUGCAAGAAAUGAACUGACUGUUCAUCACUGCUCUACACAUAUUAUGUGUAAUUUUUUCCUCUUACUUUUGGCUUUGAGCUUGAUUUCUUAUCAUUUUGCAAGCCUCAGAUCUUCAUGGAUCACAUGCUUGUGUCUUGCAAUCUGGAUCGUUACAGUUCGGCCUUAUUUUUGUGCAUGAAGCUAAGUCAACAAUAACAGUAGGGGAAUAUGUGUGUAAGUCUAAAACCGAAUGUGUUUUCACUCUAUUUUCAUUUGCCAAAAAAAUAUAUUUAGAACCCAGAAACCACUUUGCGUGGCAAGAUAAACCAUUAAAACCUAAAUAUUUUAUGGCUGUAAGAUUUUGAUCAUAGGAUUUAAUAGGUAACAAAUACAGCAAAUGAGCUUUAAAAGCUGAAAUGUAUAUCAUAUAUAGUAGUUAUUCUCAAAUGGGGGUAUGUGGAAGCACUCCAGGCAGUAGGCUAUGUGAGAUGUUUUAAAAAUAUAUUUGAAUUUAGCAUCCAUUCAAAUAUCCUGUGAUAGUGAUAAAAUGAAUAUUCAAUAAAAUACAUAAGUACGUUUAUAAAAUACAUUUAUAUUUGGUAGGCUAAUUUCAUUAUCCCCCAUACCAAGAUGGACUGACCCGAACUGGCACACAUCACCUGUCAUUACCUGUCAAUCAGUGCUGCCUUGAAAAACAUACACAAAAAAAGAGUUGUGUUUGAAGUGAGGCAGCAAUGCUACUGAACACGGACAGACAAGUGCCCAAGAAGGCCAAACCAGAGCCGGCAAAACUCAGUAUUCAGAAGAAUAUGUUUUAAUGGGAUUUACGUUAUUGAAUUGCAACCCAUCCAAGGCUUUGUAUUUUUUCCGUUUUGACAGUUUAAUAAAUCGGACACUGAUGGUGCAGCGCUUUGUACAUCUUUUUUUUUUUGUCGUGGUAGUUGUAAUUGAUAGUAGUAUUAUUGAAGAAUAGGUUUGAGGUCUAAUACGAAUGAAGAAAGGAGAGAAAGAAAAUAUUCGUCCUAUUCUCUGCUCUGAAAAUAAUAAAAUAUCAAGAAAAUGCUUUUGUGGUAUAACCACUGUUUAAAAUAUUGCAAUAUCCAUGUCUUGGAUAUUACGAUCCAUCAUUUUACGACUGGUAAUAUUUGAAAUGUUUUUAGAUUACAUUUGCCUCUCAGUUGUGACCAUUUUAAAAGGUAAUAUUAAUUAUCAAAAGGACAGAAUUCCUAGGGCAUUAUGUUUGUUGAAAUCAUCUCAUCCAUAUGUACAAAUAUGUUAACCAUGUACCAUAAUUAAGAAUAAAUUGUUUGAAUAUAU